AUUCAACAAAGGCGGGAAAAUCGUGAUAUUAUUGUGAUGUUGUAAGCGUUGCACGCAGUGAUCAACUUUCUGGAAUUUUGUUUUAAGUUUACAUUUAUUUAAUAGCAACAAGAUAAGGUCGAUUCUAGGUUAAUAUAAAAGCCUUAAGUGAACCCCAUUUCCGGACGUGGAAUAUUGGCAUCAGUGGAACCAAUGGCACUCACAACCGCCCAAAAUGGAUCGGCGUUCCUGGCAAAAGCUUCCAACGGUCAACAAGAAGAGUUCAGAAAUGUCGAAGAAAUGCAGUACUUGGAGGCGAUUCAACGCAUAAUCGACACCGGAGACAAAAGAGUGGACCGUACAGGAGUCGGCACUUUGUCCAUUUUCGGAACUCAAAUGCGGUACAGUCUGCGUGACAACGUAAUCCCUCUACUGACAACAAAGCGGGUGUUCUUCCGAGGAGUGGCCGAGGAGCUUCUCUGGUUCAUAAGAGGAAGUACAAAUGCUAAAGACUUGCAGGCAAAAAACGUUCAUAUUUGGGACGGAAACAGCACUCGCGAAUUCCUGGAUGCUUCUGGAUUUACUGAUCGUGACGAAGGUGAUCUAGGCCCGGUAUACGGAUUCCAAUGGCGUCAUUUUGGCGCCAAAUAUAAAACAUGCAAUGAUGACUACACAGGGCAGGGUAUCGACCAGUUAGCAGAAGUGAUAAAUCGCAUUAAGACCAAUCCAACGGAUCGACGUAUUAUCAUGAGUGCAUGGAACCCGAUAGAUAUCCCACAAAUGGCCCUUCCUCCUUGCCAUUGCUUGGCGCAAUUUUUCGUGGCAAAUGGAGAACUUUCGUGUCAGUUAUAUCAACGAUCAGCUGAUAUGGGCCUCGGAGUCCCAUUCAAUAUCGCUAGUUAUGCUUUACUGACUCAUAUGAUGGCCCACGUUACAGGACUUAAGGCAGGAGAAUUUAUCCAUACUACUGGUGACACACAUGUAUAUCUUAAUCAUGUUGAGCCCUUGAAAGAACAACUUCAAAGAGUACCGAAGCGGUUUCCAACACUGCAGUUCAAAAGGCACGUGCAGUCUAUAGAUGAAUUCGAAAUGGGAGAUUUUGAAGUCUGUGGAUAUGAUCCGUACCCCACCAUAAAAAUGCAGAUGGCUGUAUAAAUUGAAUAACAUGUGAACUUUGUUUUUAAUUAUGGGUAAAAUAAAUGCCACUGAAAAAAA